CCAGUCCUUCUGAAUUUCUCCAGGGUCCUUUCUCCCACAGAGGCCCUCUCAGAAACAACAGGUGUUUCCCUGAAACCAAAAACUCCUAUUGGAAUAGGAAAGGCACUUGUAUCUCCCAGUGUCCUCUGGAUGCCAGAUCUCACCACAACAACACUAAAAGCAGAAGCCCCAGUGGACCAUGGUGGCCUCCAGGCUCUAUACCUUGGUGCUGGUACUGCAGCCGCAGCGCGUUCUUCUGGGCAUGAAGAAGCGGGGCUUUGGGGCUGGCCGUUGGAAUGGCUUCGGGGGCAAAGUACAAGAAGGAGAGACCAUCGAGGAUGGGGCCAAGAGGGAGCUGCAAGAGGAGAGUGGUCUGACAGUGAACACACUGCACAAGGUGGGCCACAUUGAGUUUGAGUUCGUGGGCACCCCCGAGCUGAUGGAUGUGCACAUCUUCUGUACUGACAGUGUGCAGGGGACGCCCCAGGAGAGCGAUGAAAUGCGCCCUCAGUGGUUCCAACUGGACCAGAUCCCCUUUGGUGACAUGUGGCCUGACGACAGGUACUGGUUCCCACUCCUGCUUCAAAAGAAGAAAUUCCAGGGGUACUUCAAGUUCCAGGAUCAGGACACCAUCCUGGACUACUCACUACACGAGGUCCAACAGGCUUCGAGUCUGCUCAACAUGGUAUUAAGAAGCGUGGCUGUUACGAUGUACCCAGCACUGUGGCACAGCAGGCCAGCCGCCAAGAGGCACUCUUAUGUCCAGAUUUGGCACAAGGCAGAAAGCUUGGCUGGUUGGGGCAGAGACCCAUGUUUUUGGUGUGGGGGCUCGUGUGAUGACAGAAGAUCUGUAUGUGGCCCUGGGAACAUGCUAAUGAGAUCCUGUCACUGGACCUGACAUCUCAUCAGCACAGCAAGAUGAGGACCAGUGAGGCAACACCAAUGAAGAAAAUCUCCUGGGCUGGGGAUGUGGCUCAAGCGGUAGCGCGCUCCCCUGGCAUGUGCAGGGCGCUGGGUUUGAUCCUCAGCACCACAUAAAAAUA